AUGGAACCUAGAUCAUUUUCCAAAGCAAUUAAAAUUCCAGUGUGGAAGGAAGCUAUGGUCAAAGAGAUGGCUGCCCUUAAGGCUAAUAAUACUUGGAUAACGUCAGAUUUACCGCCAGGGAUGACAGGCGCUAGGGUGUCGUCCUUCCCAUUGGAACAACAACUUAAACUACGUUCUACUGAUGGAAGCCCUCUUUCUGAUCCUACACCUUAUCGUUGUCUUAUUGGACACUUAAUUUAUCUUAUAGUAACUCAUCCUGAUAUUUCUUAUGCCGUCAAUAAUCUUAGUCAAUUUAUGAAAUCACCACACACGACUCAUAUAAAUGCGGCUAAUCGUGUCCUUCUUUAUCGUAAAAAAUCUAUUGGCAAGGGUCUUUUUCUCUUUGAUUCUAGCAGUCUACAUAUCACUGGUUUUAGUGGUUCCGAUUGGGAGAGAUGUCCUACCUCUCGACGUUCCACGUCUGAAUAUUAUACUCUUCUUGGAUCUAGCCCUUUCUCAUGA